AUGAACCAGUUUGGCCCCUCAGCCCCAAUCAACUGGUCCAAUCUCUCAUCAAUAAAACCGGAUCCCGCUAGCACCCCUCCACAAGGCUCCAUGGCCAAUAGCACUACAGUGGUAAAGAUCCCAGGCGCUACUGGGACGGGAGGGUGUCUCAGCCCUGAAAACGAUCAGGUAUUGACCAAGAAGAAAUCACAAGACUUAAUAAGAGAAGUGGAUCCUAAUGAGCAAUGGGAUGAAGAUGUGGAGGAGAUGCUACUGCAGAUUGCUGAUGAUUUUAUCGCGAGCGUGGUGACAGCAGCCUACCAGCUUGCUCGGCAUCGCAAGUCCAGCACCCUGGAGGUGAAAGAUGUCCAGCUGCAUCUAGAACGCCAGUGGAACAUGUGGAUCCCAGGGUUUGGCUCUGAAGAAAUCCGACCCUACAAAAAAGCUUGCACAACAGAAGCUCACAAACAGAGAAUGGCAUUGAUCCGGAAAACAACCAAGAAAUAACACACGGAAAGGUCAGGGAAUGGACAACAAUGUAUUUGGAGAUACUUGAGCUGAGACCUCAGCUAUCUCAUCCUUGGAUUUUUCUUUUUUAAUGCUUUACAGAGAAGCAUAU